AUGGCUAUCUUCAAAAGACCCCCUGUCUGGCGCGGCGUCAUGCCUCGUGCAAAGCGUUCCAUCGAGGAGAUGGCCAACAAGUCCGACUCGGACGACGACGACUACAGUGACCACCCCGUGCGCCCCGCCCGCCGCUCCGCCUCCCGAACGAAAUCGAAGAAGAAGUCGAAGCCCGUGAAGAAGAGGGCCCGUCGCGAUUCCGACGACGAUCUCCUGUCCGAUGAAGAGAUCUUCGACGAGGCCGAUGAACUCUCGUUCGAGGAGUCCGAGCAAGAGGAGGAUGACCUCAACGCCCAACGGAAUGCACGCGGGCUCGUCGCUCGCAGGGCGGCCACGAACCGGCCGAUCUACAACGAAGGCGAAUCCAGCAGUAUCGAGGACGAUUCCAACAAUGAUGAGAUGGCUCAAACCCCCCCACCGAAACGCAAAAGUACCGUCGUUACGCUCAAGGUCGGCAACGCCCUGAAGCGCCAGGCUCCGCUGGAGAACUUCCCGGGCCCUCGCCGGGUCACCCGACGCACUCGGGACCCUUCAGAAGACUUCCAUGCCCUGACCACUUCCGGACGUCAUAUGGAAACGGUGGAGCGGAGAGCCACACAUAGCCCGGAGAUAGAGCGUCGCCGGGGGUCCCGUGGCUCGAAACGGGCCCCGGUGCUCGAAGAGGAAGAGGAAGAGGAGAUGCAGCCGAAGCAGGAGGACGACGAGAUGAUCGAUGAAACAACCAUGGAAGUCAAAGGUUCUCAGCUGGAGAUCAUGGAGAGCGAUGUUCAGAUCAGCUUUGAAGAAGCCCCGCCUGCAGCAGGUGAGGGCCACGAAACCACGGCAGAUGAUGAAGGCUUUGUCCCCGAAUCCGAGAACGGCGACGCGAAGGACGAUGGCGAUGACGACGAGGACGACGAUGAGGGCCCGACGACCCGGAGGAGGAAUCGACCCAACCGGAGCCAGCAAGCGGAUGAGGAGAUCGAGCAGCCCGAAGACGAUGAGUCGGCACACCCUCGUCGGUCCAGUCGCAAGAAACCGAAGAGUUCCCAGCGCAAACGCGACGAUGAAGAGAGCGAUUUCGAACCCGAGGAAGAAGAGUCGAAUGAUGAUGACGACGAGGUAUCACAGUCUGGGAAGUCGCAUGCUUCUCCACGCAAAGGAAGCCAGGCCCAUGACGAUGAUGAGGACAGCUCCGCCGGCCGUCGCCCUGGCCUCCGCAAGCGAGCAUCGCGAUCCCGUGGACAGUCAGAGGCCGGUGCCGAUAUCGCAGAGGAGCUUGCGGAGGAGCUGGAGGAUCUACGAGGCGGUCGCUCUCGCCGGCGAGUGCAACCGGAGAUCGUCUACGAGAAGCCUCGGCGGAGCCGGAAGGAUGUCGACUACCGGAUCAUCCGGCCCGACCUGAUUCUCCCCAUCGAGGAGGCCGAGAACGAGGUCAACGAAUCGCCUUCGCGCCGUGGCCGGGGAGGUGGCGGCGGCAGCUGGCAACGCACCCUGUUCCCUACGUAUGGCCCUUUCGGAGGCGGCGGGCCGUCUGCCAUUCUGGGUCCCCCGGGCGUGCCUGCUGCCACGGGUGGCGUCGAUAGUGAUAGCAGUGACGACGAGGGCAUGCAGCACCCCAAGGGCAGUAUUAGUGGUCCCACGUCGGGCCAUGGACAGCCGGGUCUCGGCCUCCUAGGUACCCAGACUCACAGUGCCGAUGCCGCCCAGGGCCACUCCGGGACGCCUGCCAAUCUCGGGAAGAUCAAGGACAAGCAAACGCUGGCGGACGCCGACCCGCUGGGAGUGGACAUGAGCGUCAACUUUGACAGCGUUGGAGGCUUGCAGGGCCACAUUGACCAGCUGAAGGAGAUGGUGUCCCUGCCGCUGCUGUACCCGGAGAUCUUUCAACGCUUCCACAUUGUGCCUCCUCGCGGUGUCCUCUUCCAUGGACCUCCCGGAACUGGUAAGACGCUGCUCGCCAGAGCCCUGGCGAAUAGUGUCAGCUCGAAUGGCCGCAAGGUGACCUUCUACAUGCGAAAGGGAGCCGACGCGUUGAGUAAAUGGGUGGGUGAGGCGGAGCGACAACUUCGGCUUCUCUUCGAUGAGGCUCGCAAGACUCAGCCUAGUAUUAUCUUCUUUGACGAAAUCGAUGGACUGGCUCCCGUGCGGUCGAGCAAGCAGGAACAGAUUCAUGCCUCGAUCGUGUCGACUCUGUUGGCGUUGAUGGAUGGCAUGGAUGGCCGCGGGCAAGUCAUCGUCAUUGGCGCGACGAACCGUCCCGACUCGAUUGACCCGGCUCUUCGCCGCCCCGGCCGUUUCGACCGCGAGUUCUACUUUCCGCUGCCUAACACCGAAGGUCGACGCGCGAUUCUGGAUAUCCACACCAAGGGCUGGGAUCCGCCGCUGCCGAGCCCGAUCAAGGAUGAGCUUGCGGAGAUCACCAAGGGCUACGGAGGUGCCGAUCUUCGGGCGCUCUGCACGGAAGCAGCCCUCAAUGCGGUGCAAAGACGAUACCCCCAAAUCUACAAAUCCAACGAGAAGCUCCUCAUCGAUCCGAAAACCAUCGAGGUGACCCCCAAGGAUUUCAUGCUGGCGAUCAAGAAGAUGGUGCCGUCGUCCGAGCGGUCGACCUCAUCGGGGGCCUCGCCGCUUCCCAACGCGGUUGAGCCUUUGCUGCGCGCGCCACUCGCCGAGAUCAAGGACCUGUUGUCGUUGAUCCUCCCGCAGCGCAAGAGGCUCACCGCAUUAGAAGAGGCCCAAUUCGAGGAACCGGAAGGAUCCGGCAGCUUCCAGCGCGAACAGAUGCAGCAGGAAUUCGACCGGUCCCGGGUCUUCCGACCACGCCUGCUGCUGCGCGGGCCGCUGGGGAUGGGCCAGCAGUAUCUGGCCGGCGCCCUCCUGCACCAUUUUGAGGGACUCCACGUCCAAGCAUUCGAUCUCCCCACCCUGCUUAGUGACUCCACGCGGUCUCCCGAGGCCGCUGUGAUCCAGCUUUUCGCCGAGGUCAAGAGACACAAACCGAGUGUGAUCUAUAUCCCGAACAUCCAGGCUUGGUCUGAUACGGUGGGACAUGCCGUGAUGUCUACCUUCAUGGGCCUGCUGCGGUCGGUUCCUCCGACGGAUCCUGUGCUGCUUCUCGGCGUGCAGGAGUCAGUUGGCGAGGACGUGGAUGUCGGGGUGCAGAGGCACUUGUUCGGCUUCUCCAAGAAAAACUUUUACGAUCUGAAAGCGCCCGCGAACGAGGCUCGCUACGAGUAUUUCGCCAAGGUGAUCGACUACGUCAAGACAUCGCCUGCCCACUUCCCUGACCCGGAAAACCGCAAGAAGCGGGAGCUCGAGACCUUGGACAUUGCGCCCCCGCCAGCCCCCAAGCCGGCCACCCCGCUCUCCAAGGAGCAGCUCAAGGCGCAGAAGAAGAAGGAUCACCAAACUCUCAACCUGCUCAAGAUCCGGAUCCAGCCUAUCAUGGACCAAAUCAAGAAGUACAAGCGGUUCCGCACCGGCGUGAUCGACGAGUCCCAGAUCCGCUACCUGUGGGAAGAGGAGGACCCGAACAUCGUGACGAGUGAUCUGCCGAUUGAACACCGAACCACCUUCCGGCCGUUUGAGAAGGCGUAUGACAAAAAUGGAGUGCCGGGACUGCGCGAGACCGUGUCCGGCAAGUUCUUCUACAACCUGGAGAUCGUCACCAUCGAGAAGCGUCUCUCCAAUGGGUACUACAAGCGCCCCAAGGACUUCCUGGGGGAUAUCAAACGGCUCGCCAAGGACGCCCGGCAGCUGGGCGAGCAAGAGCGGCUGCUGCGGGCCAACGAGCUCCUCUCCAAUGUCGAAGUGGACAUUGCCACCAUCGAGCAGACCGAGCCCGCGCUCGUGGCGGAAUGCGAAGGGGUGUACGUGCGAGAAUUGGAACGCGAGAAGAUUGCCAUUGAAAAGGCGCGGAAGGCGGCCGAGGAAGAGGCGGAGGGCUUUAUCGGCCGCGGGGCGACGACCCGAGUGCCGCACGGCAACACCGAGUCGGGCCCCUCCAGUGGCCCGGUGGUGCUGGGCGAGGCCUUCCCCGAGAGCGGCCCGAAAGAGACGGACCGGCCGGUGACGCCGACGCGGACGGUGAGCUUCACCAACGGCUACCAUCCCGGGGGCGGCUCGGAUCUCAACGACCUCAGUACGCAUGCGCUCACCAGCAAUGGGUCAUUCCGCGCGGACGGCGAGGGCGACACCUACAUGACCAACUCGGACCAGUCGGUCGAUAAGGAGACGCUGAACAGCUCGUUCGGGCCGUCGGCGCAACCCAAACCGGCCUACUCGCUGACGGCGCCGUCGCAGCAGGUGCGGCGGGAGUCGGGCAUCUCGAGCUUCUCGCAGAAGGGGCCGGUGACGCCCAUGGCCCCGGGGUCUCAGCCGCACGACUACACUAACGAAGCGUCCACGACGCAGACGACGUCGGACAAGAAGUCCUCGGAGCAGUCUUCGGCGCCGAAUCCGUUCACGCAGAGUCCGGUGGCCGCGCACGGCAUGCGACAUGACUUUCCGGAUCUCACACAGUAUCCGGACCGGGUGUCGCAGGAGGAGCAUCUGCCCGACACGCAGCAGGGGGACAGUAGCCAGCCGUCGCCCCGCCCCAUGGGGGAGCUGGCCCAUCUGGACAACGGCACGGCGCAACGGCCGCAGCCCCCGGUGCCACUGUUUGAGAACGCGAGCAAGCCGUCCUCCCAUGUGCCGGCCAACCUGCAGUCGCUGCUGAACAACGAGGACCUGUCGCCGAAGCUGACGCUGGACCACGAGUACGUGGAGAGCCUCCACGAGCAACUGACGCAGCGGACGAGCGGGUGCAGCGUGGAGCAGCUGGAGCAGAUCCAGACCAACCUCAUGGACUACCUGUGGCGGACGCGGGGGGAGUGGAAUCGGAGCAAGGUGGCGGCGGGGAUCCAGGACACGUUCAACGAGGUGCUGGAGGACAUGCAGGCGAUGCAGGAGAUUGGGCCGAUCAGCCAGAAGACGAAGGAGCAGCUGGGGGCGUCGCUGUAUCCGCUGUAG